AUGACAGACUCGCUUCCUUCGGAGGUCAACGUGCUCAUCCUAGGCGGUGUAACCCAUCUGGCUCGUCCGCUGCUCACUUGGCUCUUAUCGGAUGAACCGGCCAGGUUGGGUGGACCGACAGUGAAGCAUGUCCGCAUGGUGGACAAGUUCUUGAUCGCCAAGGAGGGCAGCUCCACGUGAGUCGACUCGAGUCACUCUGGCUCGUGAAAGGAGAGGAGCGAGUCCGCUGCCGUGUCUGAGCUGCGCCUGUCCAGCAAGGAAAGCGGCAGAGCCCUUGGACAUCACGGCGCAGUCGCGAAGGAGGUCGUGACAGCCGCCUGAGAGAGCCGCCGGGGCACACGUGCUGAACAAAUUGCCUUCCUCGGCCACUUUCAAAGAUUCGUUGACCCUCCGACCAUCGCCGCCAUUUCGGAUUCUCGCGUGGAGUAUCAGCAGGCGAAUCUGAACAUCCCUGGUAAGUCCGCAAAUCUCAGUGAAUACUCGUCUCAAGUCUCUCAUCGCUGCACCCCUUCCUUGUAGCCACCGCGGCGCGCGUGUUUGAGCCGAGUGCAUCGGGUCCCUUUGACUUCGCAUUCGACCUCACUGGGGAAGGGAUCGUAAGCAGUGGUGAGUAAAGGGUCAUUGGAAGGCCAGGAUGCUUGCAAGCCUGACAUCGUGUUUCCCCGCGUCCAUGAGCGCAGACGUGCCGGCCCAGCUUCUGCUUGAGCGCACAGUCAAGCUUGCAGGAUCGCUCGCAGCUCUCGCUCAGAAGGCAGGUGUCAAAGCAUACGUGAGGGAUACGCCGCCUUUUUGGAAGUCGAAAGUGGACGAGGGCUUGAUCCAAGAGUCGUCGGAUGUGAGCAAACGAUCACUCCCAAAGGGGCCCCGAGCGUACUUCUACUACGAAGCAGAGCGAGCUGUGGCAUCCAUCGAAGGUUUGCCCGCCGCCAUUUUGCGCUCUGCGGGUGUCUGGGGUCCAGCUCAGUACCAUGGGGAAUUGCCGCCUAGACUAGCGCUCGGCGAGGUGUACAGGAUAGAAAAGGAACCCAUCAAGAUCUUAUGGAGCGGAGACCUCAGACUCAACACUCUGCACUCCCAAGAUUGGUGCACCGCUGCUUGGAGCGUGGCUCGCUGGCUCGCGCAACGAGACCGAGCCGCCGCAGAUUCGCAAGCAGGAGAGAAGCUGCCAGCUAUCUCUCCUAGCGACAAAGGGAAAGGCUUGAACGUGGAGUGGAAUCAGGAUCUACCCAACUGCUGUCCAAGAGCCAAAGUGCCCACUGUGCCGGUCUUUAAUGUGGCGGAUGAUGAGGACACUAAUCAACAGAAGCUGCUAGACGCCAUCGGAGCGUUCUUUGGUGUGGAAACUGGUUUUGUCAAUGCCGCCAUCAAUGCCUGGGCCAAGCUGAAUUUGAGCAGCGUGGUAGAUGAAAUGAACGAGAAGGUGAGAAGUGAUAGCGAUGAGAUGAAGCGUGUGCGGUUGCAGCUGGCGCUGAUUGCAGGCAUUGGCACUCGCUUUGUAGCACUCCGAAAUGAUCGCAAAGAUCAUGGCACAGACACAAAUCACGAGCACGCCUUUUACGCUCUUUUUGGACACUGAAGCCGUCGCUCAACGGGCCAUCGCGCUCGAGACCACCAAGAUAAAGAAUGUCAUUGGCUGGAAGCCUGCUAGAAGGCUGGACGACAAUGGCUUUGAGGAGAUGAUCUCUUCCUUUCAAGAUGCCGGAGUCUGGGCCAAGAAUCGCUGA